AUGGCAACCUUAGACCGCCCACUCAUCCUCCUAUUGGACAGUUUGGAUCAGGUGAACACCAAUCACAGGGCUCACAACUUGGCCUGGUUGCCGCACAGCUUGCCCCAGCACGUGCACGUCAUCAUUACAACCCUUCCAAACGCUUACGAUAUUCUGCCCACGCUUAAAAAGUUGAUCGAGAGGAGGGAGAACUUUUUUGAGGUCGUUUCACUGGGUUCAAAUCUGUGCGUAGAUAUUGUGAAAAGGCAUCUGGAAGACCGCAAGAGGAGUUUAACUGACGAGCAGUUGAAAAUUGUGCACAAAACAUUCGGGACAUGUACGAUCCCGUUGUACACGGCCCUGGUCAGCAAGGAGGUGGAUAGGUGGGCAUCCUACGACCAGCCCGACCCCAUCGCCAGCACGUGUGAGGGAAUCAUCUGCAACCUCUUCCAAAGGGUCGAAGCCUACUACGGAGCCAUCCUUGUCAAGCACUUCUUCAGCUACAUAUCGGCUUCCAAAUGUGGAUUGAGUUGUGCGGAGUUGGAAGAUGUGUUAAGUUUGGAUGACGUGGUACUGAACGAUGUUUUCCAACACUGGGUGCCUCCCACACGCAGGAUUCCACCGCUCCUACUACUUCGACUCAAGGACGAGAUGUCCAACUAUAUAGUCGAGAGGGAGGCUAACGGUGUUUCUGUUAUAUACUGGUAUCACAAUAAAUUUCUCCAAGUUUGCAAAAGACGUUACCUAUCGAACGUCACCUUCUCCCGCUACAUACACACACUUCUGGCUCAUUUCUAUCUCGGUACAUGGAGCGGAGAGAAACCGAAACCG